ACAUACGCUCUGGAUUUAUUUCACACUAUUUAUCUUAUUUUCUCUUUGAAACCGCUUUCAUGGAACAACACUGAACACCUUAAUACGUACUUCCGAUACCUCAAAGCGCCUUUUACGCGGUUUCUUGCUAUGACAGCCACUUUUCCUCUAACACACCCAACGAUGGAAGCCCCCACUAUGGAUGAUACAAUGGAGAUGGCCUCACCCUACGUUGGGCAGGUAGACGAUUUCGAUAUCGACAUCGACCUCAUGGAGGACCAUGUCUCGAACAUGGACAGUGAUAUGAUGGGCGCAGAUGAAUUCUCGACCACUUCCCAGCCACAGGAACCGAACAACGACGCGAUCUUUGAUGCUGAUAUGGCCGAUGAGCCAUCGGAAGGUUUUAUGGUUGACGCCGACAACUACAUUGAAGAAGAUAAUGAUAUCGACGUGCAACUCGAAGAAGGACCAUACGAGGCAGAAAUGACCGAGGGCGAUCAGGCUGAAGACGCCGCCCCUCCCGUUGCUCUCCCCAGUCUUCGCGUCGAACUGUCGCCUAGCAAUGACAACAUCCACGACCCUAUAAAGGAGGACGAACCGGCUUUGGUAGCGCAAACUGUUGAAACAGUGCCGGAAACCUCAAGUGACCACUUCAAAUCUGCCUCGGGUCAGGCUCCAGUACUGGAAGGCGAUGUUCCAAGCAAUAAAAUCGAGUCCAACACAGGUGAUAAUGGCGAUGAUCGUGCGGAGCCACCAUUGCCAACAGUUGAUUUGACCAAAAGCAACAAUGAUCAUGAAAAAGGAGAGCCCGAUGAAAAGCCCGAUGAAGAGGCUAACGAGACAGUCCAGCCUUCUGUGUCCAAUUCCGAGGCAAAGGUUUUGUCCCACGAAGACCUCGCACGCAGUCAAGAGAAAGUCGCCGAAGAUACCAGUGUUGCUGCUAGCACGGCUCAACCUUCAGAGGUGGAUCACCUUAUCGCAGGUGAUACCGAACCUGCACACCAUGAAUCCCUUCAUCCUGUGAAGAUCAUCUACCAGGAGAACGAGAUCGCACUGUUCCCUCCCCUUGAGGGAGAUUCGGCAGAGACUUUCUUCCUUCACGAUGAAGAGGUUGCGUAUGAAAGUAUUGAAAAACUGUUCAAGUCUUUGCGCCAGGUACUCCAAGGCAAUGUUGCAGACAAUGAGGUACUGGUCAUCGACAUUGAAUCUCUUGGUAUCCAAAUGACCGAGGACUCCUUCCACACAUCCCAGGUUACUUUACACCAGGUGGUCGAUCUCUACCUCAAACUUUGUCGCAACGACGGAGCAAAUGAGCCUGAUGCCCUUUACCUUGCCUUGAGCAGCAAGCGUGCCUUUCCUGCUGAAAUUGCAGAUCUUCUUGAUGCCGCCAAUGACGGCAAGACCCUCUCAGAGCUUCAUUUAUGGGAUGAAUACGAUGAAGCUGAGCCUGGCUCCGAGGAUCACGACCACGAGGCUGAGGAACAUGAGGACGAAGCUUACUACACCACCAAGGCUGAGCAGAAUUUGUCGAUCCCUGAGGAUCAUCUUGAAGCUGAGCAGCUACCAUCCAAUCCGUCCCCAACGCAGGCACAAAACACAAAUGAGGCUCAGCCAGAAGAUGUGGACAGAGAGGAACCUGGCCCGGAUGACGACGCUGCUGCCGAGCCGGUACACGCAGAUCAACCUGAACUUGAAAAGCUAGACCAGCCCCAGGAAUUUGAUGAUCACAACGAUGCAGAGCGAUAUGAAUCCGAUGACCCUAACAGUGUGUCGACUGCCACGGCUUCAUUGGCUGGAGAAUCUGACACCAAAACGCAUAAUCCAGAUGAGCACUCCCAGCUUGUCGAAACCGAGAAACAAAACAAUGAGAACACCCAUGGAGAGGAUCCUGAGUAUGAUGAUCUUGGACCCGAGGAUUACUAUGAAGACGGAGAAUUUGGUCCUGUCGAUGAUGAAGAAGCUUUCCACAAAGUUGACAAUGAUGAUGGUGAAGCUCAACAGCCAGACAAUCUGGCUGCCGUCUCUGAAAAAGAGGACAGAAACGAACUCGAUGCCGCUCCAAGGGAUGAGACAGCCCCCGUGCAAUCAUUGCAAGAUGAGGGCAACCACACCAUCCUUGGACAGGCGACAUCGACGCUCGACAGCGGAUUGCAAACCGCCUCUGACGAGAAGGAGCAGACGCCAGAACCCGCCGAUGACUUGCUUGGGAUCGCCGUAGACCUCAUGCAAACCCCUAAGAAAGACACCGAGCGUGAUCACUUCGAGGGCUUAGAUUACGGUGACGACGAGGAAGAAUUAGCUGCCCCUGCUGCAGCGGACAAUGAAGCCGACGACAAUCACGAGUUCGGAGUGAAUGGGCUUGGCGAAUAUGACCCCAAUAAUGAUGGAUCGGAGGCGGUAGAGCUUGGUGCAACAGAUCCCUCCUUCGCAGACUCCCAAUUCCACGACAACGCGUCUACCAAACGGUCCCGCGAUGAAGAAGAUGACUGGGACGUUGUGAAUACCACUCUUGACACCAAACGUCGCCGGUCCUCAUAA